AUGGCUACAAAUACCCAUCCAUGCAUGCAUUCUUCGUUCAUCCUUCCUGCACCAAAUCAAUCUAGUUUAGUUAAAAAGAACAAUUCUUCAGACAUGGAGCUGAAGCUGAAGCUGUCCGUGGCCGCCGUCGGCCUGCUGCUGUGCGGCGUGGCUUGCGCCGGCGCCGGCGCCGGCGCCGGCAGCGAGUUCUCCAUCGUGGGGUACGCGGAGGAGGACCUGGCGUCGCACGACCGGCUGAUCGAGCUGUUCGAGAAGUGGGUGGCCAAGUACCGGAAGGCGUACGCGAGCUUCGAGGAGAAGGUGAGGCGGUUCGAGGUGUUCAAGGACAACCUCAAGCACAUCGACGAGAUCAACAAGAAGGUGACCAGCUACUGGCUGGGCCUCAACGAGUUCGCCGACCUGACGCACGACGAGUUCAAGGCGGCGUACCUCGGCCUGACGCCAGCUCCGGCGAGGAAGACGGGCAGCGUGAGCGAGUUCAGGUACAGCGACGCCGACGGCGAGGUGCCCAAGGAGAUGGACUGGAGGAAGAAGGGCGCGGUGACGGAGGUGAAGAACCAGGGGCAGUGCGGCAGCUGCUGGGCGUUCUCGACGGUGGCGGCGGUGGAGGGGAUCAACGCGAUCGUGACGGGGAACCUGACGUCGCUGUCGGAGCAGGAGCUGAUCGACUGCAGCACCGACGGGAACAACGGGUGCAGCGGCGGGCUCAUGGACUACGCCUUCUCCUACAUCGCCUCCAGCGGCGGCCUGCACACGGAGGAGGCCUACCCGUACGCCAUGGAGGAGGGCGACUGCGACCUGGAGAAGGGAGCUGGGGCGACGGCGGUGACCAUCUCCGGCUACGAGGACGUGCCGGAGAACGACGACGAGGCGCUCAUCAAGGCGCUUGCCCACCAGCCCGUCAGCGUCGCCAUCGAAGCCUCCGGCCGCCACUUCCAGUUCUACAGCGGGGGUGUGUUUGAUGGUCCAUGUGGUGAGGAGCUGGAUCACGGUGUGACAGCCGUCGGAUACGGGACAAGCAAGGGCCAGAAUUACAUCAUCGUGAAGAACUCAUGGGGCCCACACUGGGGCGAGAAGGGCUACAUCCGGAUGAAGAGGGGCCUCUGUGGCAUCAACAAGAUGGCCUCCUACCCCACCAAGGACCACUAAUCUUAUCCAUUAUCCAUAUUAUAUUAUCAAUCAACAUCAACAUCUCGUCCAUUUCAUCUUCAAAAUGUUUCUUCUUCACCUUCAACUCGACCCACUGUUGUUUCAAUUUUUACCCUCUUUUUUUUUUAAUCUUCAUCGAAGAACCCAAAAAGAGAGAGAAGUGUAUGAUCUGUUUGUUUGGGUUUGAUUUUCAUUUUGCUGAUAAUUAAGUCAUGGAUGAAGCAAUAAACCUCGUGAUCGAGCUUCUCUUUAAACCAAAUUCCCAACGGCUUUUGGUCAACUUGUGUGCGUGUUUGAUUUUUUUGCUGCUUGUGGUUUGGUUAUAUGCAAAAAGGACAGAUGCAAUGUGAAAAACACGAACUAAAUCACAUUGGAGACAAAUAGUUUUCUCGCGAGGGAGAAACAUGUCAUGAAAUCGACAGUUUGUAAUCCCACUACAACAAGCUAAUUAAGCUAGGUGUCCACAUC